AUGGAAACUUUGGCCAUCGCGGUAAAAAGAGCUCAGGAUAAAGCAGCAGUUCAGCUCAGUGAGCUGGAGGAAGAGAUGGAACAACGGAUACAGGCUGCAGAGCAUAAAGUUAAAAAGGAAGAGAAGCGAAAAGCUGAAGAAGCACUAAAUGAGCUGAAGCGCCAGUAUGAUACUGAAGUUGGGGAUCUUCAGGUGACAAUAAAAAAACUUAAAAAACUGGAGGAGCAAUCCAAAAACGUAAAUCACAGGGAAGAUGUGGUUGAAUUGAAAAAAAGAAUACAUGAUAUGUUGCUGGAAAAUCAGAAACUUAAGAAAGAUCUUUUAGAAGCACAGACAAAUAUAGCUUUUCUACAGAGUGAAUUAGAUAGCUUGAAAAGCGAGUAUGCAGAUCAGACUUUGAACACUGAGAGAGACCUAGAAAUGAUCCGAGAGUAUACUGAAGACAGAGAUAAUCUGGAAAGACAGAUUGAAAUACUUCAAUCAGCUAAUAGAAAGCUGCAUGACAGCAAUGAUGGUUUAAGAAGCGCACUUGAAAACAGUUUCAGCAGGUACAACAGAUCAUUGCGGUUAGCAAACACCUCACCAGGAAGUACCAUUUCUAGAAGCAGUCCUAAAUUUAAUGGUGGACAGUCUCCUCUUUGUGUGGAUGAAGAUUAUGAUUCUUUAGCCCUUUGUGAUCCUAUGCAAAGGAUAAACUGUGAAGUUGACAGCUUACCUGAGAGCUGUUUUGACAGUGGUUUGUCUACUCUGAGAGAUUCAAAUGAGUAUGAUUCAGAAGUGGAAUACAGGCAUCAAAGGAUUUUUCAAAGGUCACAGUGUAUGCAAGAAAGCUUUGGCGGUGAUGCUUCUGAUACAGAUGUUCCAGAGAUCAGGGAUGAAGAAGCAUGCAGUCCUGAUAACAGCAGUACAGUAUUAGACUGGAAGCCCUCACGACCAGUAAGUCGAAGCAGCUCAAAGGCUUACAAGAUUGUUCUUGCUGGAGAUGCAGCAGUGGGAAAAUCCAGUUUCCUUACGAGACUUUGCAAGAAUGAAUUUCGAGGCAAUACCAGUGCAACCCUGGGUGUGGAUUUUCAAAUGAAAAGGCUAAUUGUUGAUGGAGAACCUACAGUGCUACAACUGUGGGACACAGCUGGGCAGGAGAGAUUCCGAAGUAUUGCUAAAUCGUACUUCAGAAGAGCAGAUGGUGUCUUACUGCUAUAUGAUGUAACGUGUGAAAAAAGCUUUCUUAAUGUGCGAGAAUGGGUGGAUAUGAUUGAGGAUGCAACUCAUGAGAAUAUUCCAAUUAUGAUGGUGGGAAACAAGGCAGACCUCCGUCAAGCUGUUACAGAACAAGGGCAAAAAUGUGUGCCUAUAAACUAUGGAGAAAAGCUGGCUAUGACUUAUAAUGCGCUGUUCUGUGAAACAAGUGCUAAAGACGGAUCUAAUGUUGUAGAAGCAGUUCUUCAUCUUGCUCGUGAAGUGCGAAAACGAAGUGAUAAUCAAGAUGAUACGAGAUCAGUAACUAGCCUGGCUGGGACACCCGUCAAAAAAUCAGCACUCAUGAAAAACUGUUGCAAUGUUUAA